GAGCGCGCGCGGCGGGGCCAAUCAGAGGCGCCCACGACCCAGCCCGGAGAAGUUAGAGCCGUCCGUCCGGGGGCGCCGCCACUGUCGCCGCGGGCGUCGCGGGGGGGGGCGGCGGCGAUGGUGUCUCCCGCGGCCUCCGCCGGCCGCCUGGGCUCCGCGCUGCCCUUCCUGCUGGUGCUCUUCGACCUGCAGUACCAGGGAGCUGAAUGUGGAAUAAAUGCUGAAGUAGAAAAACAACUUGAAAUGGGAAAGAAGUUAUUGGCUGCUGGACAGCUAGCAGAUGCUUUGUCUCACUUUCAUGCGGCCAUAGAGGGAGACUCUGAUAACUACAUUGCUUAUUACAGAAGAGCCACAGUGUACUUAGCCAUGGGCAAAUCUAAAGCAGCAAUUCGUGAUUUAAGUAAAGUGGUUGAAUUAAAGCAGGACUUCACAGCAGCAAGAUUACAGAGAGGACACUUACUGCUCAAGCAAGGAAAAUUUGACGAAGCAGAGGAUGACUUUAAAAAUGUGCUCAAAUCCAAUCCUAGCAAUAAUGAGGAAAAAGAAGCCCAGACUCAGCUGACAAAAUCUGAUGAGCUACAGCGCCUGCAUUCACAAGCAUUAUCUGCCUACCAGCGAGAGGAUUACGUAGCUGCUAUUUCUCUUCUUGAUGAAAUCUUGGCAGUUUGUGUUUGGGAUGCAGAGCUACGGGAACUUCGAGCUGAGUGUUAUAUAAAGGAAGGGGAACCAAGCAAAGCCAUUAGUGACUUGAAAGCUGCUGCCAAAUUAAAGAAUGAUAACACUGAAGCCUUCUAUAAAAUCAGCAGAAUAUAUUAUCAGCUGGGGGACCAUGAAUUAUCACUCAGUGAAGUCCGGGAGUGUCUGAAACUGGACCAAGACCACAAGCAGUGCUUCUCUCUCUAUAAGCAAGUAAAGAAACUCAAUAAGCAGAUCGAGUCAGCAGAGGAAUUCAUCAGAGAAGGCAGAUAUGAAGAUGCUAUCAGUAAAUACGACUCUGUAAUGAAAACUGAGCCAGAAGUCCCAGUUUAUGCUACUCGUGCCAAGGAAAGGAUCUGCCACUGUUUAUCAAAGAAUCAGCAGGCUACAGAAGCCAUAAAAGUUUGUACAGAAGUUCUGCAACUGGAACCAACCAAUGUGAAUGCCCUGAAAGACAGAGCAGAAGCUUAUUUGCUGGAAGACCUGUAUGAAGAAGCUAUUAAAGACUAUGAGACUGCUCAAGCCAAUAGUGAAAAUGACCAGCAGAUUCGGGAGGGGCUGGAACGUGCCCAGAGGAUGCUGAAGCAAUCGCAGAAGAGGGAUUACUAUAAAAUCUUAGGAGUAAAAAGAAAUGCUCGAAAGCAAGAAAUCAUAAAAGCUUACAGAAAGCUGGCCUCUCAGUGGCACCCUGAUAACUUCCAGAGUGAGGAAGAAAAGAAGAAAGCAGAGAAAAAAUUCAUUGAUAUAGCAGCUGCUAAAGAAGUCCUCACUGAUCCAGAAAUGAGGCGGAAGUUUGAUGCGGGAGAGGACCCACUGGAUGCGGAGAGUCAGCAGGGCGGGGGCAACCCUUUCCACAGGAACUGGAACACGUGGCAAGGAUUCAACCCCUUUGGUUCUGGAGGAGGACCAUUUACAUUCAAAUUUCACUUCAGUUAGAGCCAAGACUGUUUCCGGUGGCUGCUGCUGUUUUUUACUUAAUUCGUUGAAAAAUAAAAAGUCUCUCGGUUCAAGACCCAAAAAUCUUAAUUUCUAAUGUUGUCCUUAACCCAGAGUCUUACUGCCCUGGGAGAAAGCUCCUUCUUUCUUUUAGUAUUCGGAGAGUUUGCUUUGUGCUGAACUUGACAAGCUCAAACUGGUUGGGGGGGUUUGUUACUGCCCGCGUGUUUGCUGUGGAUCUGCAGGACAUGCUUAUUUCCAUGGAAAAAAAAAAAAAACAGUAAGAAGCUAUUAGGACAACACUUAAACUUAGGACUCAAGUAUAUGCUUAAAGGUUAAAAAAUGCAUGUAAAUAUUUUUUGGAAUCGGGGCCUAAUAAAAGUGGGAAGGGUAGUUACAAUAGUCGCUACGGUAACAAAUUGUUUUAAGUCAUUGUCCAUCUCUCAGUAUUCUUAAAAGGAAACGCUAGUGCCCACCUGCUGUAUUCCUGCCGGCGGUGCCACAGGUGGGCUGAGGAGGCUGCCUGUGGAAUGAGUCUGCACAACCGCUCCCAAAGAAGAUCGCUUGUAACUAAUUGUAUUUGAAAAUAUCCGCUCACUUCAUUCAUUAACCUGAAAUGAAUCGGGAUGAUUUCCUUGGUAAUUGUCAAAUAUGAAAGUAAAAAAAAAAAAAGAUGUGUUUUGAAAGACUUUUCCGAAUGUGAUUUGGGAUGUUUAGGUAUCACUUUUGAGUAGUUUGCACUUUAACAAAAUACCUGCUUGAGAUUUGAGCAAAAAAAAUUCAAUGUGACGUUUCCCCGAGUAUGCAGCGGUUCGUUACUUCUGUGUACGUAAGCUCAGAACCCGUACAAGUUGUGAGGUGAGCGGGCUGCGGGAACACUAUAUUAACUCUUCCCUCCUCCCAUAAUACACCUUCAUUUCUGUUGGGUGAUGCAACAGUGAGUUACUACUACGUGAAGUUAUUUGAAGUAAUCUUACGUCUUGUGUAACCAGCCGCAGUACUGCAAAAACAACGGCCUGUGUGCAAAAAAAGAGGGGCUGAUUUUUCCAUUAGCCAAAAGUCUGGGGUUUUUUUUUCUAUAUGCACGUAGCUAAAAUGGAUUUGGCGUUAUUGAUCCGACUGUGUGAACGCAGUGUGAGGUAUUAUCCGGCUGUAGCUGCUGGGAGUGAAUCGGCUUCUCGUUCUGUAACCAAACAUAUCGCGAUUACUGAUGAGUUUCAUCAGCAGCCAUCUUCUUAAAAUGCAAGAAUUACAGUUCACCAACGUUUUUCUUGAUUGAAUUUUAACUGGAAAACAAUAAUCAGUUGAUAGGAAUCUUCUCUCGCUUGAGCUCGUGGCAACUUGAAAGCACAAGCGGCCUCAGUAAAACAAAUGAAAUCAGCAAAUCAGGCCUUCAAUCUGAAAGAGGGGGUUUUAUUGCUGUAAUGGGAGUUGCUGUUGAAGCGUAACCCUUUGUCUCCUGCCUCAGGUACUUUACAGAUGGAAUUGUGAGGCCGUGUGGCUUUGCAGAAUGUUUUUCAACAGCAAUUUAAAGGUCAAUGUUUGUUCAGCAGAAAUUUAUCUUCAAGCUGACGAGUGUGUGUGGUGAUUUCCAACAAGCUGAUGGCACAAAAACCCCCCAGCAGCCUGUUAAACGCCGCUGUCAGGUAUCUCCCAAAUUGAAUGACUUUUCUAGAAGUUUGACUUCUGCUUUUCACCUGUCUGGAAGCUUUUUGUUUAAACUCCGUAGAAGAUGCUCAGGAUGCUGUCGAUGCCGUUGCGGGCCAGCGCAGUUCUCCUGGCACCUCUGAGGGCUCAGACGUAGGAACCUGCUGCACAAUAAAUACCCCGUUACCCCCCUGCUGUCAGCCCAUGCAGCCGGGUCUCUCUGCGCGUGGUUUUUUUGCUCACAGUAAGUAAAAGAUGGAAAUAGGGAGCUUUCAUGUACAGCGGCCGCUCUCGGCUGCCGUCACCCCUCUGUCCCCAAGGGCUGGAUGAGCCAGACCCAGCGAUCGCUUGUUGUGCGUGUGGGAGCCGCUGCUCUGCAUAAACACUUUUAUAUUGCCUUGUUCACUACAGAAGGGGCUGUUUUUAAAUUACUCUUGAAUGACCGGUGUAAGCAAUACGUUGUAUUUUGUACAUAGGAGUGUUGCGCAGUUCCGGGAAGCCGCAGCGGCCACCGCAGAGAGCCGUGCCUGCGCGCUGGGGGAGUGCGAGAAAUGGUACAGCUUCUUGUAAAGGGCGGCCCCUGCUCGUCCCUCUCCCUUCUCUCUUUUGAAAGCUGUAGGUGAGAAGAUUGUUCCCUGGUUUUUAAUUUUUUUUUUCUUUUAGGGAAGGAAUUAGACAGUCCCUCCUAAGUCAAUUAUUCAGUGACAUUAGAGCGGUGCCUGUUCCUCUCUCUAAGGCAGCGGCCAGCUCUGCUGCACGCAGGAAGCAGUCGGGAACAAAAAGGAUAUGCUCGUUUUGACAAGGAAUGGGAAACUCCUUAAGUACUAAGGAGGAAAAAAAAAAAGGCUUGAAUGUAGUCAGUAGAAGGCAGCAGAUGAUGAAUGCGUGAAUGCUGUUCACAGCUUCCUUCUGGGGAAGACACUGUCUUGAAAACCCCAAAAAUGACAAUGGAGAAAGCGGCGUUCUGAUAUUGAGCAGCUGCUGGUUACAAGAGUGUUACGGCUCCAGCGCCGUCUUUAAGGGAGCAGAUACUGGCUUUUAGCUCUGAGGUACUUCUGAAAAUACAGAAAGACAAAGUUGUGUUAAAAAGGAGGCAUUUGCCUUUCAAGGAUCUCCAGACACGCAUUUUCCUGAUGUGACUCUAGAAAACGAAGCGCUGGGAACACACCGAGUGUUAACGGCGCAAGCGAUGUGCAAGGAAGCUGAAUUAGCUUUUCUAUUUAUUAGUGGGUGUUCUGUAGUGCAAUAAUGUUCAUUAACUGAGCAUUGAAAUAAAUGUCUUGGUAUUUUGUAAACCCUGA